AUGGCGAACCUCUUGGACCUCCCGCCGGAAAUCAUCCAGCACAUCUUCAUGCUGCUGACGGCACCCUUGCACUCGCGCGGGGCUCACAUCGAGAAGCCGCUCCUCAAGCUCCCGGGCUCCGCGAAGCGCGCAUCAACCACGCUGGCGUCGCUGUGCCCUCAGCUCUGGCACCUCGGGAGGCGGUCAUUCUUCACCGACAUCUACAUCGACUUCAACAGGGAAAGGUCCCAUCUCGACCUCGACAAUGACAAGAUCGCGCAGCUGCUCAUCAUCAUGGACCAGAGCCCGGAGGUCGCUUCCAUGGCGAGGACGGUUUACUUUUGCAUGCCCGCCUCCAGCCAAGACAUGAUGAGCCCUCUCACACCAGAUGCCAUACAAGCCUGCAACCGGACGGCCAAGAGGCUAAACAUGCGGCCCCCGGCCGGCUGGCCCCGCCCGAGCCCGUCUGCCACCCGCUUCAUGGCGGUUCUCGCCGUGCUCCAGAUGACGAACCUCCAGCUGCUCGAUGUGCAGGCCAGUGCCUGCUGCCGCCACCCCGAAACCUUUUUCUGGCAGUUUCCCUCGGCAGAAGAGACGGACAUUCGCCUCAACAGCCUGCAGUACAUCCGCUUCUUUUCCCUAAACGGGGAGCCCCGUAGGGUCCCGUUGGGUGAGGUGUACCGCCUCUUCAGUCUGGCCCCCAAUCUCAACACCGUCCACCUGCAAAGGGUCAACGACAUGGGCGACAAGUUCGAUUGGAGCAAUAUCAGCAGGCUCGGCCUGACGGGGAUCCACAUCCACAUGCCCCAGCUCGCCGCCAUCAUCAAGUCCUGCAAAGCGCUUCGCGAGUUCAGGUUCGACGACCAGGACAAGAUCCACGGCAUCAGCAUCAAGGCCAUCAUCGACGCCCUGCGGGAACGGCACAAGGGCACCCUUGAGAUACUCGAUCUCGGCGACGACCACAUCGGCCCCCGCAACACGAGCAACCUCAUCGGCUCCCUGGUCGAUUUCGAGGUGCUCGAGAAGGUCACCUUCGCACUCAAGGCCAUGGGCAAGGGGUCCACGUCCGCGCUGCGAACGUUGCCGACGUCGCUCAAGGUGCUCCACGUCUCCAACUUCAUCGAGAAGGAGGACGGCAAGGAGUUCAAGUGGCUGGGCCACGCGGUCAGGCGCGGGCUGUACCCGAAUCUGGAGAGGGUGCUGUUCGACCACUUCACCUGCCCGCACGGGCCGGUGUGCAGCUACAGCAUGCGCGGGGAGAUUUCGCUGGACGUGAUCGAGACGAGUCGGUCGGCGGAGAAGAAAUGCGAGCAGGCGGAUUCGGUGCGGUACUGCUUUACGAAGCUCCUCAACGCAGGCGUCAAGUGCAGACUCGAGGAUUACGGGUACCUCGUAGAGCACUUCCGGAAGGGCGUUGAGCGCAAGGGAGGCUUGCCAGUUGAGGACUACCUGACGGACGAAGAUUGGGAUGAAUCGUUCUCUGAGUGGGCGUUUGACGACGAUAUGGACUCGCUUUGGGACUCGGACAUGGACGGGCCCAUGGAUGGUCUGAGUGACCUCGAUUGGGAUUCGGAUAGUACGGACAGCCCGCAGAAGAUCCGGAAAGAGGAAUUGAAACGAAAGAAGAAGGAGAGAGACGCAUGGCUCAGAACACCGGCUGCGAAAUGGUUCUGGAUUGGGGACGGUUAUGAGGAGUUUUGA